AUGUUUUCGGCCCGUUUGAUUACUUCAAGUCGGCUCUCGCUCGCUUCACUGCGCCACGCCUCGACGCAAGCUGUAGCUCGGUCGAACUCGACCCACAAGAUUGUCGUUGUCGGAGGCGGCACCGCGGGCGUCACCGUCUCGGCGCAACUGCAACGCGCUUUCAAGGCUGAAGGAAGGACCAUCAAUGAUGGUGAUAUCGCCAUCAUCGAUCCCGCUCAACUCCAUCAUUGUGAGUGGGCGAUGAGGCGAGCUUGAGGCGAGGCUUGAGCUUUGGGCCGCUGGUGGUCGAUCGCAGCUUGUCCGCGAAGAGGAAUGAGGAGCUGACUAAUUUUCGGGUCGAUCGGUGUUUGGUGCUUUCGUCCCACAGAUCAACCUGGGUGGACGCUCGUGUAAGUCAAGAAAGCUGUGUUCCAGAAGUCCGAGGAUCAGAGCUCACGACCAUGCCCUAACUACCUAAACACCUCACAGCGGCUCCGGUCUCGCCGAGCUCGACCAAAUGGUCAAACCUCUGCAGGAUGUGAUCCCUUCCGGAGUCAAGCACUAUUCGGCCGCUGUCGAGUCCUUCUCUCCUGAAUCCAACUCGAUCAAGACAUCUGACGGCUACACGAUCUCGUAAGACUACGUUUUUUCUCCUCGGCCGAGCUCUUGCAUACCCGGAAACCCCUGACACACCCACCCUCCCACGUAGUUACGAUUACCUCGUUGUGGCGCCGGGUCUCAAAUCCGACUUUGCCAAAAUCCCUGGAUUGCUGGAAGGGCUGAAGGACCCCAACUCGGGCGUAUCGAGCAUCUACCACUUCGACUCGGUUCAAAAAGCCUGGUCCAAUAUCAAGGAUUUCCAAAAGGGAACCGCGAUCUUCACCCAACCUGCGGGGGUCAUCAAGUGUGCCGGAGCACCGCAAAAGAUCAUGUGGAUGGCUCUGUCGCAGUGGAAGAACGAUGGCAAGAGGGCUGCGGUUGAACCUACUUUCGCGACUGGCGCACCGGCAAUGUUCGCUGUGCCCAAAUAUGCUAAGGCCUUGGAACAGCUUCGUGUCGAGCGCAACGUAGGUGGACUCUUCUCCCACAACCUCGUCAAGAUUGACAACGCCAAGAAGACGGCGACCUUCGAUGUCGGGGCCGGAAAAACGGUCGACAAAGAGUUCGAUCUCUUGCACGUCGUCCCUCCCCAGGGUCCUCCCGAUUUCAUCAAAAACUCGCCCUUGGCCGAUGCGGGAGGGUGGGUUGCGGUUAACGCCGCGACGACGCAACAUGUCAAAUACCCCAACAUCUUUUCGAUCGGCGAUGCGUCGAGUUUGCCCAAUUCCAAGACCGCAGCCGCGAUCACAGCGCAGGCACCGGUCUUGGUCGAUAACUUGAGGGCCCACUUGGAUGGAAAGGCUUUGCCUGCUGCUUAUGGUCAGUUCGAACCCUUAGAAUCGGGCCAGGUGUCACUUUUUAGACCCGAUACUGACAAUUUGAUUAUUUCUGGAUCGACGGCAGACGGCUACGCCAGUUGGUGAGUUGACGAUGGUGUGGCAGAAGGGCGGCGUAGGGCUGCGGAACUGAUAUUUCCCCGGCUUCCUUCAUCAGCCCCCUCCUGACCGGUCACAACGAGCUCAUGCUCGCCGAGUUCAAGUACGGUGGUGUACCCAAGGAGACUUUCUCCAAGUACCCUUUCUUCGAGUCACAAGACAAGCCCAAUGCCACGUUCUUUUGGUUGAAGAAGUAUGACGGUUGCGAUUUGCAGGGAUUCUACGUGAGGAGCUUUGCACGUGAUCUGACCACCACAUCGGCGUCCUUCCCGGCCACUUUCCAACAGGAACUCCUUCCCUCGCAUCUACUGGUCCUCUUUCUUGAAGGUGAGUUCCAUUCUUGGGUUUAUCCGAAGGGCGGGCUCAGUUUCCGCGCCUCGAACGGGAAUGAAAGGGUCGGGCGAACGCGGUUCGGGCUGAACCUCCACUUAACCCCCUCCACUUGCGCAGGGUACCUGGUUCGGUCCUAGGGGUUUCUUGCGCCCCACGGCGUAUUAG